UGUUUAACGAUGUUUACAUUUCUUUGCUGAACUAACUUUUGUGAAUUUGUUAAUUAACUAGUAACUUAAUUAUGUAAAUUUCUCUAUAAUUUAUUAAGUGUAUGAAUAAUAAAAUGCGUUUUAGCUGUAAAACCUUGUCCUAAAAGGACAAAUUGAACUAGGCAUACAACUUAAAUUAUCAGUCCUGACAAAGUAGGCUAGGUUAUGUUAAGCUUAUAGGCUUAAGAAGCUUUAUUUAUUUGAUUUAGGGAUGGGAAAAAAGUAAAAGAAAGGUCAAGUAGCCUAUAUUAAAAUAAAAAUAAAAAAUAAAAAGAUGACCCGUGAAGAUGAAAUUGUUAGUGAUGAUUUAAAUCCAAAUAGAGAUGCAACUACACCAAUAAUGAACAACUCUGACUCAGUCAGAAGAAGUGAUUUAGGUAUGCAAAAUGAGGAAUCAAUCGGACAGAGGUCUACAAGCACCACUGAAGUUAAUAGGAAUUUCAAACAACGCAUCUGUUCUUAUUUCUCUGCCUUUCAUGAUUGGUGGAUUUGUACACACACAAUUACCAAAGUAAAAUUAUUUGGAUUUGUGAUCCUGCCAUGCAUGGCAAUAGGAUUUUAUAUUUUUCAUUUCUCACAACAUCCCGGAUCACUUCAUAAUCCCAUCGCAGUUCUACACCCUCUCUCUGUGGUGCAUCCUGUCGUGCCAUCUCCAUUUCAUUUCACUGUAAAGUUUAUCGAGGACACAGCCAAAGGUCUCCUAUCAAAUAGAGCAGAAGUCACUGUAACAACAAGCAAGGGGCCGAUUGUUGGACAAAAGUACAAUCCUCACCCAGUAACUGGAGCCUCUUAUGACGCCUUUCUAGGGAUACCAUACGGCCACAUUCCAGCCCGCUUUCAGCAAGCUGUGCCUCCGUCUGGCUGGACGACGCCCAGAUCAGCCAAGACUGACGGACCAGCAUGUCCUCAGAAUGGGACAGACUUCAGUGAAGACUGCUUGUAUAUCAAUGUGUUCAUGCCUAGUAAAGCAGUUGAUUCUUCGGCAGGAUUUCCAGUGAUUGCAUUUAUUCAUGACAGCGUCUUUACGCGAGGCUCUAGUUCAUCUAAGCGCUACGGACCAGAUUUUCUUGUCCCUAAAGGCAUCGUUUUGGUCACUUUCAACUACAGGUUAGGUGCAAAUGGUUUCCUGACGUUGGGUUCAAGAGAUGCCCCAGGCAACAUGGGUUUGUACGACAUUCAGCUCGCCCUGCGCUGGGUGCAAGAUGAGAUUUAUAACUUUGGAGGAGACCCAAGCCAAGUGACUCUGAUGGGGCAAGGAGCUGGGGCUGUGAUGGCGAUGUACCUCUACCUCUCCCCUUCGUCCCAUGGUCUGUUCCGCUCUGUCGUAGCUCACAGUGGCUCAGCUCUAGCAGGCUGGGGCCGUUACUCAGUGUCCGAGGGAAGGUCCAGGGCUAAGUCUCUGGCUAUAGCUGUUGGCUGUGACAGUUCUGCAGACGACGCUCAGAUCUUAGACUGUCUCAGGGCAACCAACAUGUCCUAUAUUGUGGCCAGUCAGUCUGUUCCGUUGGACAUCCAUUUUGAGGCAACCGGUCAGACCAUGCCAUUCCUGCCAGUGUUGGACACAGAUGUCACAGAGGUGCCGUUUUUCACUGACACAUUGAGCAACUUGCUUGACAGGGCUGCCAGUAGAAACCUACCUUUAAUGCUUGGGUUCACUGCUGACGAAGGGAUUGUCAAGUUUGCUGAGGAGUCUUGUUGGAAGAAUGUGGACUCAAAUCUCGAUGCCUUCAUUCCGCCCAGAGUUGCCUCGUUGCUUAGUAGAAGAAGAAUAGCUGCAGUGGAGACCAGUAUCAGAAGACAAUACUUUAGCUCAGACAGCAAGGUGUGGGGCAUUGUGAGGAUACUGGGUGACCAUAUGAUAACCUACCCGGCCCUCCAGGUGGCUCGCAAGUUGGCCAACUCAAGUUACGGUUUUGUGUUUGAUUUUCACGGGCCUUGGACUCCUAAUCCUCCAUACACCUCUAAGUUUCAUACAACUGGCGUCAAUCACGGAUUUGACCUCAGGUAUCUGUUCUAUGACUCCGUAGAACCACAAGAUCUUGGCAAUUGCUCGUCAUUGCGAGACAGCCUUAUAGUCAGAGACAUGAUGGUGGGUUGGUGGACCAACUUUGUAAAAACUAGAACCCCAGGAAACAAUUGGCCCACCAUAUCCAAAGGAGGAUUCCUCAAAAUCAACCCAAAGCCCAUCUUGAUUGACUCUGAAACUAUGGAGAAUGACUGCAACUACGAAUUUUGGAAGUCACUGGAGACUCUGCAGGAUGAUAUUUGGAUUUGGAUGUCUGCCAACAUUGCCAAUAAAAAUUCUUCCAUGAGUAUGAUGUUGGCCUUGUUGUGUAUGAUGGUAAUCAUGGUCCAAUAAUAAAUAACAAAUACAUAGUUACCUUGCAUAUUUCAAAAAGAGAAUUGACAGCUUAGACUUUGCAGUGUUGGCAGUAUUGUUACCAGUGCAUUAAAAAAAAUAAUACAGUCAAGAUAAAAUGUAUUGGAGUGAAGGAAAUAAUUUUUUGGCUGCUCAUACUUUGUUAUAAUCUUUUUUUUAUCUGACCAGAGUAAUUUCUCAUUACAUUUACUUUUAGAUACCUUUUAAAAGUUGUACACAACAUUCACUAACUUAUGUGAUUGUUCAUCGUACUAACCAUGCUUGAAUGAUUGAUGCAUUAAGCCUACUUGUAUAUUAUGGUGAUAUUCGUUCAAAAGAACUUUAAUUUUAUAGUUUUUUAAUAACACAUUUAGGGAUUUAAACAUCUAGUCGGUUAAAAUAAUUGUAUAAAGAAAAUAACGUAGAAUCAUCAGAUAAUAGGUCUAGGGCUUUUUUAGUAGAAAAAUCUUAAUUUUUUAAAUUUAAGUCAAGUCAAUUAUUGUGUUUUUUAGAAGAUUUUAUUGAAACAGAAUAGGCUUACCUAAAAAAUCCAGGGGCUUUCAGAUGUAUAUUAAAAGGCCCAAAGAUUUUUAACACUGAUAUUAUUUCCUUGUGUAAAACUUUAGCAGGACUAAAUGGAAAAGGAAACUGUUUUUUUCUUUUUUCGCAUUUUAUCAAGUUAGCAAACUGACAUAUAUCCCUUGGAAUAUCCUCAUGUAAUACAUUUAUAUUAUACAGAUAAAACCUAAUUGUUUUGUAUUUAUAACUUAGCACAUUACUAAUAUUGGUGAAUGAAACCUAACCUUCUAGUUAGUAGUAUAAUAUGUAAUCUUUAACUUAACUCAGUGUUUUAUAAGAAUGAAUUAUUUCAUGUUAACACACUUAAGUGUUUUAAAAUAUUUACUGGUUGAAAGCUGAAACCAAAGUAAAGGCGUGUUUACAUUAAUUCGACCUCGCAUACGAGUAUAGCUCGCAAUCCUCCUCGAAUAAGUGUCAACCACAAAUCUACUCACAUGCUAGUAUUGGAAUGCGAGCACGAAUGACAUUUUGUCGUUCGAUUUACUUUUCAACAUGUCGGGAAAUGGCUUGCACACAAAAUCUAUGUGAAGCCCGGUUCGUGAAAACGUAGCUGUGGUGAAAAAGGUAUAUUUUUGUUUGUUUAUAGCUCUUGUGUUUACUCUUCAGUGAGUGAUGGCUAAGUUUAUUGAUGAUAUAUGUUAAAUUUCAUAUUUUUUAUUUCUACAGACCACCAAAACACCUUCUUGAAUAAUUUCACUCAUACUACUUAUACAAACAUAUUAUACAUUCCUACAUAGUUCUUGAAUAAGUUCACUCAUUAUACAUACUAAACAUAAACAUUUACACAGCGAUCAUAUAAGUUCAAUGUGAUUGCUGAUUAUGAAUAUUGUUCUUAACUUUCCCCUUACAACUACAUCACUCGUGAGUGCUAUUAUUAUUCCAGUAGCAACUACAAUGUAAACGCUGCUAGAAUUCGAUCUGUCAUUCGAUACUGGAAUAGUAACUCACUCCCUAUCACAUUCCAUUAACUCGAAUUAACGUAAAUACGCCUUAGGAAAUAGUUUAAGCACAAUGUUUUUCAAACUGUAUACACUGAUUUUGUUUGUUUUGUUUUGUGAAGUUAUGUGAAGUCUUACAUUUAGUUAGAGAGGUUUUAUCAGAUGGUUGGAAAAGAACAUACAAUACUGACAACCAAACGAGCAAUUGUUACAAAGACUUGUGUAAUGAUUAAAUUAACAAACAAUUGUAACUGUACAAAAUUAUGCUACAUUGCUAGUUCUUACUUCAAAACGUUCCUUGUGUCACUAACAAAAAAAAGCUCAAUACAAUCAAGCCUCUUAUUAUCAACAUUCCAUACAGGAUGGAAGUUUUUAACACAGUUAGAUUCAUAACAUUAAUAUACAUACAAACUUUGUAAACAAUGCUUAUGUUGUCUUAUUGUAAUACUCACUCACCUUUGAAACCACGAACAAUGUUUGAAAUUUAAGCCAAAGAUGAACUUAACUAAUGAUUAGAUAUAUUUUACGUAUAUAUAUAUAUAUAUAUUAUAUGUACAUAUAUAUAUAUAUAUUUUUUUUUUUAAGUGUUAAGUCAGGUUUGAGGUGGAAUUUAAUUUACUUGUAAUGUGUAAUUUUAUGCCACCCUUAAAUUUAAUGAUUGUAAAAUAUGUGUGCCUUUUUGUACUGGUACUGUGAUAUUGUAAAAUACAUGACAAGUUGUGUUAAUUUUAAUUUAUUUAUAAUUGUUUGGA